GUGGGUUUGGGGUCACUGAGCAAAGCGAAACUAAAGUCCUGUUUGCACAGCUACUGUACAAACACGUCGUAGACAUUUUUUUUGCCAACUCACGGACAAGGAAAAGAUAAGAAAAUGUGCAUUUUUGGAGAUCUCAUGAAAAUCAACACAACUGGGGCGUCUUCCAAGACAGCUUCUCAGGACAACUACAAAAUAAUCGGUGUUGAAGCCUCACAUAAAAUGGCUGAAUAUGAUCUAAAGAGGAUGGACAUGUACAAGCCCAUCAUCAUGAAUGUUGCCAGAGCUAAAAAGUUGGACCCGGCGGUGAUUGCAGGCAUCAUAUCGAGAGAGACAAGGGCUGGGUCGCCCACAUCGGGGCUUGUUAAUGGCUGGGGAGAUGGAGGCAACGCCUUUGGACUUAUGCAGGUUGACAAACGUUACCACAGUCCAAAAGGAGACUGGGACAGUGAGGAGCACAUCAAUCAAGCUACUGAUAUUUUAAUCGGUUUCAUUAAAAUAAUUGAAGGAAAUUUCCCAAACUGGUCCAAAGAGGAUCACUUUAAAGGAGGAAUUGCAGCCUACAAUGCUGGCCCGGGAAAUGUUUGCUCUCAUGCGGACAUGGAUUGCAAGACUACAGGGGGAGACUAUGCAAAUGAUGUGGUGGCCAGGGCUCAGUAUUAAAAACUCCAUGGAUACUAGUGUUAAUUUUGUCAGCUAUUUUCAAAGUUUUAGUCCCAGGAUAAAUGUUCCUGUUAGACUUUUAUCAUAUUUAGUCAAUCGUAUCCCAUCUAUGAGUUUUAGUCGACUAAAAGUCUGAACAUUUUAGUCUAGGUUUAGUCAAAGAAACCUCUAAGUAUUUUAGUCUAGUUUUAGUUAAUGUAAACGUAACAUUUUAGCUGAAA